UGGUGUUGGUGGUGGAAUGAGACGAGCCUGGAACCACUUGUUUACCAGCUUUAACAAUUGUAAACAGAAGGAGGAGGACGAGGAAUUCACCCAUGCCCGUUCGAAGCUCCACGACCACAAUAUCCUCCUGGUUCAGAACUACUUCGACCACCAAUCCACCAGUACGAAGUGUGCGUGACUUUGACCUGCCGAAGAGGGACAGAAGCAACCCAGACCUGGCCUUGUGUGGGGCAAACUUACCUAUUCACUUGAAGGAGACCACCACGGCCCACACAGAAGAGAAUUGGCAAGUCUUACUGCCCUCCUCCCUUCUCUGCAAAGGAAGAAUGCAAGCACUCCCUCUUCGAGUACAGCCCAACAAGCAGCACUACCUUCAGGCCUUGCCAACACGAGAAGUUCUGUACACAUUACACCACUUUUAUAAUGAAAAUAAACAGUUGUUGAGUCACACCUGGCUCCAGACGCACGCCUGGACUAGUCAGUCCCUGCUGAGUAAUUAUCCUCUGCAGCCCCUACCCACGUUUUUCACCAAGCAUGCCUUCCAAUCUUCUAUAAGAAACAAAUUUCAGGAUCUAGAGGAAAUUGUCAGCACGGAAGACUACGACAUUAUCGGCGUGACUGAAUCCUGGAUUACCACUUCAAACAGAGACAUUUUAGCAGAAUUUUCGUUACAGGGCUACAAUUUAUUUAACUGUGAAAGAACGCACAGAGACAACUACAGGAAGCUGACAACAAACUAUAUGAACAAAUAG